CUAUUCCAAAAUGUCUAUCUCUGUUCCUGUUUCUGCUGAUGUCAACUUUGACUGUACUUGCUGCUCAUGCUGUCCAGAAAACGCUACUUCUUGCAACCUCUGCGAAUGUUGCAAAGAUGGCUGUGAUAAAUAAUGGAACAAACUCCAAAUUAUAUAAUUAUUGAAAUGUUGAUUCUGAUAAAAUGAAAAAUCGCUACCAAAGCUAAUUAAAUAUUAUUUCUAUAAGUAAUACACUUUGAAAAACCUAAUUUUGCUGUAGAUCUCGAUAAUUUGUUUCUCUGAGCGAGAACUGAACUUGCAACAGUUUUGUUUUUCUCAGCGCUCAUAACACAGUAUUUCUUUUUGUUUCUUUUCAAAACUCCAGCUUCAGAACCAAAACCCAUUCUUCACAAUCGAUAAUCUCUUUCAAGAUAUCUGUAGAAUUGUUUGAUAGCCAUGAUUUCAAGAGAGCAAGUUCAAGAUCAAAAAAUAAGAUCGUUGAAAGGUCUAUAUGAAUGUGAAGAUUUAAUGGAAAAAUGUGAAAAAGAAACAGAGAUAUUUAGACUAAAAAAUUUAACCACUUUUUUUCAAAAACGUCUGAGGUAUAUUUCUGAUAUUGAAAAAUUUUGGUAUACAGUUUUAACACAAAAUGAAGAUUUCGAAGAAUAUAUAAGACCAGAAGAUUCAAAAUAUUUGGAAUAUCUCAAACGUUUACACAUCAAUUGGGAUGUACUAAAUAAUCCACAAAGUGAUAUUGGUGACUUUUCAAUUGAGUUUGAAUUUGUUAGUAAUGAUAAUAAUUUUAAAUCUCAAAUAAUUAAGAAAAUUUUUAAAGUCGAAAAAACUUCAAAAAUCCACAAUAACAACAGUAAAUUAGAAACAUCUAUCUUGACUUCUGUACUUGCAAAAUUCGAUUGGCCAAAAGAUUAUAAUGACCUACCUCCUCAAAUCAAAAAAUUGAGUUUUUUUUCAUUUUUUGAUUGGACUGGAAAAAAUGAAGAAAAUGAAUUUAAAAGUGGCGAUGAUUUAGCAAGGUUGUUUUCCGAAGAUAUCUAUCUAAACGCUAUUAAAUAUUAUGUUGAUGCUCAAAAAGAUAGUUUGCAAGAUGAAAUAAUUAAUGACAGCGAAAGUGAAUUGGAACUAGAUGCCAAUGAAAGUAGUGGAUUUGAUUUUAAUGGGGGAAAUGAGACUGAUACUGAGAUUGAAAAUAAUGAUAUACAUCAAACCCACAUAAAUAAAAGACCCAGAGAUGUUAUUGAGGUUUCUCAUGGACUGACAAAAUAUGUUAAAUUACAGAAAACAAAGUAAUUAUUUUUUAUCCUAUAAUAAUUCUGAAUGAAGUUAGCUAUAGUUAUUUGAAUGAGUAAAGCUUUU